AUGGCCCAAGUCAAGCAGGAGGACACCUCGACGCCGUAUAUCAAGCCCGACCCAGACACCAAGGAGGGGAUCGGCUCGUUUGAUGAUGAAGAUGAUCUAUACGAAGAUGCGGGAGAUUUGGAUUUCACAAACGCUGCGCAGAAUGUGUGGCUUUCGCGGAUUCCGCGGUCGCUAUGGGAGCAUUGGUCCAAGUUGGAUGAUGAUGAAGAGAUUCAGGUUGGGACGAUUAGGAUAGAGGGGGAACCGAAUGAUAUUAAACGGGUCAGUUUGCGCAUUAAUGAACGGGAGGACAACCGGGAUAUUCCCAAAGAUUACACUCUGCAACGUCAAACAAUGCUCGCCGGAGCUACGCAUUCGACGCAAAAUACAUACGUCUUCACCGAGAAGGACAUCCCUGGGGUGGAGAAUCGGUUAGCCACGUUUGGAGAGGCUCGGUCGGCUUUGUACGAAGCCAUGAAACGAGAGGCUCGGAAAAAAGAUCACAAAAAGAAAUGGGAGCCUUACGUUCGGAAGACAGUACCAAAACAAACGGCUCUUGUUGGAAGCGUCGGUGAGGAGUUCAAUACUCUUCCUGUCGAGAACGAGGAGUUCCGGAUGAUCUCAGAGAGGAAGGCUUUGGAGGCGCUCAAGCCCAAGCGCGAAACCGUGUUCAUCGACAAAGUACCAGGCAAGCUGCUCCAACCCCGGAAUGCGCUGCCUGGAGACAGGAGUGCCUUUGUGCAAGCAACGAAACCCGCCAAGGGCAAAGCGCAAGAAAACAAAACCACCCGUAUGCCGCAAAAUGAACUGCUGGAUCUUGUCUACCAAUGCUUCCGCGAAUACAAGUAUUGGCCAUUCAAGGCGCUUAAGGCACGACUCCGGCAACCAGAGGCAUAUCUCAAGCAGACUCUGGAGAUGGUGGCGCACCUGGUCAAGUCUGGUGACUUCGCAAUGACAUGGGAAUUGAAACCCGAGGCCAAAGAAAGCAGUUAUGCCAAUGCUUUUGGCUACGGUGAUGCCAAGGAGGAGGCCGCGCCGGGGACCGAUUUGAAUAUGGACGAUGUUUCUGAUGAGGAUCCAGACGAAGAGAUGCAGUUUGAGAAUGUGGCCUAG